UGUUGUAGUCUAUGCGUGCGCCUUCGAGGAAUCGCUUAUUUCCAGACAUAGACUACUCACCACGGCUCAAAUACGCCACAGCAGACCUCUGGACGACUGGGGAAACAGCCUCGAGGAAAGAUUUCAGCGCGAUCCUCGGGAGAGCUGCGGCCAACCGACUACCCUCAUUGGGACCCUGUCCCAGCUGCUUACUGCUCCACUAGGGAAUUGGCAUUCCCCCUUCCUAACCAGCCCCGACAAGAACAUUUCCACAUACUGUACUCAACUUCUAUUCCCUCCAUCUACAGCAACUCACGGCUUCGAUCAGAUUGAUCGUUCGAGCCUUGUCGACCUCAAAAUAUCCGUCAUUCUUUUCUGGCCGCCUCCUCUACUUCUAUGUGCACAAAUAUGCCCAUUCAGUGUCGCUGCUGACGUGAGCCGACUCUUCCGGGUCAUCCAUCAGCCUCAAACUGCGGAACCCUCCAUUGCCUCACCGAUCCUUGGACCGCCGCGACGACUGACAAGAGCGUCCACAGAGGUGGUCUUCAUUCCUGAAUCCGACCCCAUCUCCUCUAUAUCGUCUGCCGUUGCAGACGGUAACCUCCUCCUACUAUGGCGCGCGUAGAGUUCAACAACGACGCAAACGUCUCAAAGCCGGUCAAGAGGAUGCGAUGGGCCACCACACGAAAGUCGGGGCAAAGUGGAGUCAAGAAGAGACUCUCUAUCUUGCAAAGGGUACCCAAGGUCCAUGUAUCGUCAUACGAGGAGAAGCCUGCGGGCCCUGAUAACAACGGUCAAAUUUCCGAGAACAGUCCCAUGGGAGAACAGCAGCAAGAGCAAGAACCGGAUUCACGCUCUAUCUACGUCAACAGACCGCUGCCGCCCGAAGCAUUGACUGAAGAAGGCCAUAUCAAGGCCAAAUAUGCGAGGAACAAGAUCAGGACAUCAAAGUAUACCCCCUUAAGUUUUGUGCCCAAGAAUCUCUGGUGGCAAUUUCACAACGUCGCCAAUGUAUAUUUCUUAUUUAUUGUUAUAUUGAGUAUUUUCUCUAUCUUUGGAGCCUCCAAUCCUGCUCUCGGCUCCGUGCCUUUGAUCUUUAUCUUAACCGUCACCGCAAUCAAGGACGCCGUGGAGGACUGGCGCAGAACAGUACUCGAUAAUGAUCUGAACAACUCUCCUGUCUACAGGCUGGUGGACUGGGACAAUGUAAACUCUUCCGACGAUGACGUCUCCCUCUGGAGGCGUAUCAAGAAAGCCAGCACCAGAAGUGUCGUCUCCACCUAUCGCUGGUUUAAAAGCGUCAUAUCAAAGAAGUCGAAGCAAUCAGAACUGGACCCCAAAAAACCGGAGCUGUCUCGCAAAAAUUCUACUGCCACUAGGGGUACGACCCGGACGUCUAUCUAUUCCCACAGGACUUCAUUUCACUCCACUCACAGUCAGAGUGGUGAUGAAAUUGCCAUGACACCGGUUCCCUCUCCCGGUUAUCGCUCACCCCUCUCCGCAGAACCUGGUCGGGACGGCUUCGCCACCGAAGCACCGGGCAGUGCCCUCUCGUGGCAGACCGCGCAAGAAUCAGGCACUGGCAAUGACAACACGCCUUCUGAGUUGAGGCCACGCCAGAGCUCGAAGCGAAAAGAAGCCCCCGUCAAAGACUACGGUAGUUUGAUCAAUCCGUUCAAGGAGGUCCGCGACAAGGCUCGUUUCAAAAAAGACUAUUGGAAGAACGUCAAGGUCGGAGACUUCAUCCGCAUCUACAAUGAUGAGCAAAUCCCCGCUGAUAUCGUUGUCCUCUCCACAUCUGAUCCUGAUGGGGCAUGUUAUGUUGAGACCAAAAAUCUUGAUGGCGAAACCAAUUUAAAGGUUCGUCACGCACUUCAAGCAGGAAGAAAGGUCAAGCACGCGCGAGAUUGUGAACGAGCAGACUUUGUGCUUGAGAGCGAAGGUCCACAUCCGAAUCUUUACUCCUACAACGCCGUGGCCAGAUGGCAACAGUACGAUCGCAACCACCCAGAAGCUGAACCUCGCGAAAUGGCAGAAGCCAUAGGAAUCAACAAUCUUCUCUUGCGUGGAUGUAGCCUGAAGAAUACCGAAUGGGCCCUGGGCAUCGUUGUCUUCACCGGUCGGGAAUCGAAAAUUAUGCUCAAUGCCGGCAUGACUCCCAGCAAACGUGCGAGGGUGGCUAGAGAGAUGAACUGGAACGUGAUCUACAACUUCAUCAUCCUGUUCUUCAUGUGUUUGGUCUCCGGCAUCGUCCAAGGCGUCACCUGGGCUCAGGGAAGCAAUUCUCUCGACUAUUUCGAGUAUGGCUCAAUCGGAGGAAGUCCUCCUCUGGAUGGCUUUGUCACCUUCUGGUCUGCGGUUAUCUUGUUCCAGAACUUGGUGCCCAUCUCUCUCUAUAUCACGCUCGAAAUUGUGCGAUCCAUCCAGGCCUUCUUCAUCUGGUCCGACGUCCACAUGUAUUAUGAGCGUCUGGACUAUCCAUGCACCCCCAAGACUUGGAAUAUCUCGGACGAUCUAGGACAGAUCGAAUACAUCUUUUCCGACAAAACAGGGACACUGACACAAAAUGUCAUGGAAUUCAAGAAGUGCACUGUGAAUGGCAUCGCCUAUGGCGAAGCCUACACAGAAGCAGAAGCUGGAAUGCGUCGCAGACAGGGGGUUGACGUCGAAGCUGAAGCAGCACGCGUCAACCAAGAAAUUGCCCAAGCCAGAGUGGACAUGUUGAGGCAACUGCGCGAACUCCAUGACAACCCAUAUCUUCACGAUGAUGACCUUACAUUCGUUGCGCCUAACUUCGUGGCCGAUUUGAGUGGACAAUCUGGUGAAGCGCAGGCACGAGCCAAUGAAAACUUCAUGAUCGCCCUAGCACUUUGCCACACCGUCAUCACCGAGACUACCCCAGGUGAUCCUCCGAAGAUCGAAUUCAAGGCGCAGUCCCCAGAUGAGGCUGCCUUGGUUGCAACUGCUCGUGAUGUUGGAUUCACAGUGCUUGGCCGCACCAACGACGACCUUCACGUUAACAUUCUCGGCGAAGACCGAACCUACAGAAUACUAAACACACUUGAAUUCAACUCUACGCGAAAGCGGAUGAGCGCCAUUGUUCGCAUGCCAGAUGGCAAGAUCAAGUUGUUCUGUAAGGGUGCAGAUAGCAUGGUAUACUCACGGCUGGCCAAAGGCGAGCAGCAAGAGCUGCGGAAAGCCACCGCGGAGAAUUUGGAGAUAUUUGCACGAGAAGGGCUUCGAACAUUGUGUGUUGCUGUGAGAGACAUCGAUGAAGACUAUUAUCAAGAGUGGGCCAAAGACCAUGAUUUUGCCGCCCAAGCACUUAAUGAUCGAGAAGGUCGUCUGGAAGAGGUGGCUGACAGAAUCGAACGUGAGCUUACGUUACUCGGCGGAACGGCUAUCGAGGACCGUCUCCAAGACGGUGUUCCAGAUACGAUUGCAUUGCUCGGCCAAGCUGGAAUCAAACUCUGGGUUCUGACUGGCGACAAAGUCGAGACUGCGAUCAACAUCGGCUUCUCUUGUAACCUCCUGUCCAAUGAGAUGGAUCUGAUCCUGUUCGACUUGCCGGAGGGCAACCUCGAUGAUGCCGCUAAGCUCUUGGACCAGCACCUGCAAACCUUCGGCCUCACUGGGUCUGAUGAAGAAUUGGCAGCUGCAAGACUUGUACACGAACCUCCUGAUCCAACACAUGCUUUGAUCAUCGACGGCGAGUCUCUCAAACUAGUGCUCCACGACGAUUUGAGGCAACGAUUUUUGUUACUCUGCAAACAAUGCAAGUCGGUGCUAUGCUGUCGCGUCAGUCCCGCUCAAAAGGCAGCGGUUGUCUCACUUGUGCGGAGCGGCCUGGACAUUAUGGCUCUCUCGAUUGGCGACGGUGCCAACGAUAUUGCCAUGAUCCAAGAAGCGGACGUGGGAGUGGGUAUUGCCGGAGAAGAGGGACGACAAGCAGUCAUGUCAUCCGACUAUGCCAUUGGCCAGUUUCGUUACCUUCAACGGUUGGUUCUCGUCCACGGUCGGUGGUCAUAUCGACGAAUUGCAGAGUCAAUCGCGAAUUUCUUCUACAAGAAUCUGGUGUGGACCUUUGCCCUUUUCUGGUAUCAAAUCUACAACAACUUCGAUAUCACAUAUCUGUUCGACUACACCUACAUCCUUCUUGUCAACCUGGUUUUUACCUCGGUCCCGGUCGGACUGCUAGGUUUCCUCGAUCAAGACGUCAGCGACAAAGUUUCUCUGGCGGUCCCACAACUAUAUCGCCGAGGUAUGGAAAGGAAAGAAUGGACUCAGACAAAAUUCUGGUGAGACAAAAUCCAAGGCUACAAGAUUUUUGAUUUAACUAGAUUUGCAGGCUCUACAUGCUCGACGGACUUUAUCAAUCUGUGAUGUGUUACUACAUGGGCCAUCUCCUUUUUGCACCGGCCACAUUCGAGCUUCCCAACGGACGCGGGAUUGCGGACCGCAAUCGCAUGGGCGUUUUCAUUGCGUGUAGCGCGAUUGUGGUGAUCAACGCAUACAUGCUGCUAAACACCUACAAGUGGGACUGGAUCAUGGUCCUGGUCACGACGCUUAGCGCUCUGUUGAUCUUCGCGUGGACCGGGAUCUAUUCGUCUUUCGAAGCGUCGUUCCAGUUCUACAGAUCAGGUGCCGAGGUUUACGGCUCAUUGGUGUUUUGGGCCAUGAUGCUAUUGACGGUCAUCGUCUGCCUUCUUCCUCGAUUUGCGAUCAAGUAUCUCCAGAAGAAUUACAUGCCCUAUGACGUUGAUGUCAUCCGGGAGCAAGUAAGGCAGGGCAAAUUUGAUUAUCUCAACGACUACGACGCAUAUGUACCGCCCAAACUCGUGGACGUUUCUGCGACGUCUUCGGAUCAGCCAGAGGACGGCACCAACGAAAGCGAAAACCAGAAGGUCCACGCAAGAUAUCCAAGCAUGGCUGAGUCCCAGCGGCCUAUCUAUCCGCCAUCGGAAGCACCCACAAGACACCCGCACAGCCAGACUGGAAGCGAUGGGACUGACCGGACAAAACCGUCGUUUGACAUGGCGCGAUACCAGGGAGAAGCGUCAGGAACGCCAGAUAAGCUGAAGCGCACGAGACCCUCGUUUGAACGGGUCCGAUCGUCCUUCGAACGACAGCGGCAGUCAUUUGACAAGCUGAGACCUAGUUUUGAAGGCAGUCGAGAUUUCACCAGCGCCGCCUUAUUGUCGAGAAUAGAGUCGAGCUAUUCACAAUCCAAUUACUCACAGACCACGACUGGGCCGUUGUCACACCAGAACACACGAAGGAACCAGGAUCUCUCAGACAACCCACAGUGAGGAUUUCGGUUCAACAGCGUUGUACGUCUGGGUUCAUGAAUUUCAUGUCUCUUAUUAUGGUACGAAGGUCACAGGCGUCUGGGGCAUUUCGCAGGAUGACUUUGGACAUAUGGAAAAGAUUAGGGCACAGAAUCGUUUAGCGGGUAAGAGCGAAGUAGAUGUAUCCUUAGAAAUUGGAACAUGCCCUUUGCAAUUAUGUCUGUCGCAGCUGUUGCACAGAAUGAAAAUGACAGUGUCUUGGUGUUGAGGUUAGAUUCUUGAGAUGAGGCGAGGUGAUAUGUGGUAAUGUCGUGACUACCUUUAAAACUCGCAAAGAGCCAUUGCUCAAUAAGCAACUUUUGCAUAAGCCUAAAAGGGAAUAAGGCAUGCC